GUUGUAAUUCACACUAACGCAUGCGCGUUAUGACCUUGUUCUCAAAACACGUGAGCUAGAAUCAUGUCUAAAGCAAAACAAAAACGUGCCAAACGUCUAGGUUUCCUCGGAAAUAAGACGAAAGAUGCACAGAAGGGCCAUGGUCUAGGGGGGACAAGGACCUCAGCUGUUCAGCAAACAAAAGACUCCAGAAAGCCAGAGGAAGUCAGGAAACAAAGACUUCAGAAUCUGCAGGAAAAGCAGAAGCUGUCAAGAGAACGUGAGAUGAUGAAGAGAAGAAACUUACAGAGCUUUCAGGAGGACAUCCUGCUGAGGCAAAGAGAGUUUGAACAGAAGGAGACGGAGAUGAGGAGUUUGGAGAAGCAUGUAAAUUUUGAAAAUGAAAAUUCAAGAAAAGCAUAUUACAGAGAGUUUAAAAAGGUUGUGGAAGCAUCUGAUGUGAUUUUGGAGGUGCUGGAUGCUCGUGACCCUCUGGGCUGCAGAUGUCCUCAGGUGGAACAGGCAGUCAUCCAGAGUGGAACCAACAAGAAGAUAGUAUUGGUGCUUAAUAAAAUAGAUUUGGUGUCAAAGGAAAUUGUGGAGAAAUGGAUUAAGUAUCUUCGGAAUGAGUUUCCUACUGUGGCUUUUAAAGCGUCCACGCAGCAACAAGCAAAGAACCUGAAACGCAGUAAUGUGUCGGUGACCCAGGCCACCGCAGAGCUUCUCAGCACCAGUGCCUGUAUUGGAGCGGACUGCCUGAUGAGGUUACUUGGUAAUUAUUGUCGCAACCAGGACAUCAAGACAGCCAUCACUGUUGGUGUUGUGGGUUUUCCAAAUGUGGGAAAGAGCAGUUUAAUCAACAGCCUGAAACGAGCACGAGCAUGUCACGUCGGCGCCACCCCGGGUGUAACAAAGUGCCUUCAAGAGGUACAUUUGGACAAACACAUUAAACUUCUCGACUGCCCCGGUAUCGUCAUGGCAACCUCAACAAGUGACGCGGUGAUGAUUCUCCGCAACUGUGUGAAGAUUGAACAGCUGGUAGAUCCUCUGCCGCCUGUUGAGGCCAUCCUACGGCGAUGCAACAAAGUCCAGAUCAUGGAGCAUUACGGCGUUCCCGACUUUCAGACAGCUGCAGAGUUCUUGGCAAUGCUCGCCAGGCGUCAAGGCAAAUUAAGAAAAGGAGGUCUGCCAGACACAGACAAAGCAGCCAAGAGUGUGUUGAUGGACUGGACAGGGGGACGCAUCACUUAUUUCACACACCCUCCAGAGACACACACUCUCCCCACUCAUGUCAGUGCUGAGAUUGUAACAGAGAUGGGAAAAGCUUUCAACUGGGAUGAGCUGGAAAAGGGAAAUCAGGAGGUUCUUGCAGAGUCGUCUUGCCCUGAUGUCCAAAUGGGCUUUUGUAUGGAGUCCAUUGGAAUGACACAAGGUGAUCACGAGGAGCCACACUUUGGUCUACAGAUUGAAGGAGGCUCCGGGGCAGAGCCAACAGCAGAAGAUAAAACUGAGUUUAUGGAAGAUGAUCAAGAUCCAGAAUUUGGACCAAUGACAGUGGAGUUCAAAUCACAGAAGGUGAACCGUUUACCCGUGAGUGAAGCAGCUCCCCGGACUCCGAGUUUAGAGGACAUUUUUGAUAUAGAUCCUUUACAACAAGGCCACGCAAUGCUGGCUGCCAACAAGAAGAGGAAAAAAAAGCAAAAAAGAGCCGACAAAAUUGCCACAAAGCUCUCCGAUACUCUGACAUCUGCCAUGGAUUUCUCAUUUUCAGAUCCCUGAUUAUUGUCUGAAAAAAACCUCAACAGGUUAAAGAGUUUAUUAAAAUAAACACCUAUAAACCUUGUGUGUAA